AUGUUGUCAGUAUUCAAGACAAAUCCUGUUUCUUUUCCUUUGUUUGAAGAGCACCUUGAAGUGGCGAAAUUGCUUUCUGGUAUACAGGCCCAGCAACGCCGUGCACGUGCAUCUCCGCUGCUGGUUGCUGGCAUUGUGGGUUCAUUGUGCUGUGCGAGCUUCUCGUGGACCUUCGCUUGCCCAGCUCGGUCUGUCCACCAGGGACACUCCACUUCUUUAACGAAUUCGGCAAGCAGGAACUGGGCUUUGGGAACUCUCCCUCGCGAUGAGUCAGUCGUGGCCACAUCAGCGGUGGCGGCAGGGGCGAACUUUUUUAGCAAGGUCUUUGCAGCAGGUGCCCAGGGCGCGACAGCAGCGUUUGUGGCUGCAAUUUUGUCUGCCAUUUGCGAGCCAUUGGUCAACCGAUUGCUGGUGAAGCGCAUGACUGUGGCUCAGGCCAUGAAGGAGGUGAACUUCAAGCUCAUCGCAAAUUUCUUCCUCACAACAUUCCCGACCAACAUGUUGAAAUUCCCAGUCUUUGAAAUCAUCAAUAUGGCCAUGACCUUCACAGCCUUCAGCUCCGGUGUGAGUGGAUUCAUCAGUGGGUUCUUGUUCUGCACCAUCAUGCUCCCCGUCACCAACUACCGAUUCCGCAAGAGCAUGGGCUGGGAGAUCAAGCCAGCGCUGCUGUAUCAAGCUUAUAUCCCCACAGUGGUGCGUGACAUCAUCUACGGCUGGGCCCGCGGCUUUGUCGGCGUCGGCAUGGCAAAGGCCUUCAAACCGCAGACCUUCACGCAAGAGGCAUUCGUCUUUGCGUUUGUGAUCUGGGCAUCCUGCAUCCUGUCUUCGCCCUGCAACGAGUGGCGAGGAUACACCCUCCAGCCCAAGGAUAAGAAGCUCACCUUCCAGGAGUACUUUAAGCCGGUCAACUACGCACGAUCUACAGGCAUCGGUGCCACUAUCAUGGGCAUUUCUCUUUUCAUUGGCAGACUGGUGACUCCUUACGCGGAAAAGGCAUUUGCGUUGCCUGGAUGCACUGCAGAGAAGACCUUCCAGGCAUGA